GCUGGGCUGGGCUGGGAGCGGAGGGAAGAAAGGGAGACUCGCGGGUUGCUGCUUCUCCCCGUUCCUGCGGGUUGCGAAGGGCAGGGCGAGCCUCCUCGAGUGCACUCUUCCAGCCCGCAGAGCCAGGAGCUCCCUCCUGCUUGGAGCCGCAAUUCUUCUCCUUUUUAUUUUUCAGUAAUAAAACUAUUCGCCACUAGGAGGGGGGGGGGAAAGAACGAACAAACCGACCCCAGUUUUGAUUGUUGGGGGGCUGUUUCCCGAGAUGUCUUAUCAGGGGAAGAAAAAUAUCCCACGGAUCACGAGUGAUCGUCUUUUGAUCAAGGGUGGUAAAAUAGUUAAUGAUGACCAGUCUUUCUAUGCAGAUAUUUACAUGGAAGAUGGGUUGAUAAAGCAAAUAGGGGAGAAUCUGAUUGUGCCCGGUGGAGUGAAAACUAUUGAAGCCCAUGGAAGGAUGGUCAUCCCCGGGGGAAUAGAUGUCCAUACCCGCUUCCAGAUGCCAGAGCAGGGAAUGACCUCUGCUGAUGACUUCUUCCAAGGAACCAAAGCUUCCCUGGCUGGAGGCACCACCAUGAUCAUUGAUCACGUAAUUCCAGAGCCAGGGUCCAGCCUGCUCACCGCGUUUGACCAGUGGCGAGAAUGGGCGGAUAGCAAGUCCUGCUGUGACUACUCCCUCCACGUGGAUAUCACAGAGUGGCAUAAAGGUGUUCAGGAGGAGAUGGAAGCCCUCGUGAAAGACCAUGGUGUGAACUCCUUCUUGGUUUACAUGGCCUUCAAAGAUCGCUUUCAGCUCACUGACUCGCAGAUAUAUGAGGUCCUGAGUGUAAUCCGUGAUAUUGGUGCCAUUGCUCAAGUCCAUGCUGAGAACGGUGACAUCAUUGCUGAGGAGCAGCAGAGGAUUCUGGAACUGGGGAUCACAGGCCCUGAAGGGCACGUAUUGAGCAGACCUGAGGAGGUGGAGGCUGAGGCUGUGAAUCGGGCAAUCACCAUUGCCAACCAAACCAACUGCCCCCUCUACAUUACCAAGGUGAUGAGCAAAAGCGCCGCAGAUGUUAUUGCUCAGGCCAGGAAAAAGGGCACUGUGGUAUAUGGCGAACCCAUCACAGCCAGCCUGGGGACGGAUGGAUCUCAUUACUGGAGUAAGAACUGGGCCAAGGCAGCAGCCUUUGUCACUUCCCCCCCACUGAGUCCUGACCCAACCACUCCUGACUUUCUCAACUCGCUGCUGUCUUGUGGAGACCUUCAAGUAACUGGUAGUGCCCACUGCACCUUCAACACUGCCCAGAAAGCUGUUGGAAAGGAUAACUUUACCCUGAUCCCUGAAGGGACCAACGGGACUGAAGAAAGAAUGUCCAUCAUCUGGGAUAAGGCUGUGGUGACUGGUAAGAUGGAUGAGAACCAGUUUGUGGCUGUGACCAGCACAAAUGCAGCUAAGAUUUUCAACCUGUAUCCUCGGAAGGGGCGCAUUGCAGUGGGUUCUGAUGCUGACUUAGUUAUCUGGGACCCUGACAGUGUCAAGACGAUCUCUGCGAAGACUCAUAACAUAGCUCUGGAGUACAACAUCUUUGAAGGCAUGGAGUGCCGUGGGUCUCCGCUGGUGGUUAUCAGCCAGGGGAAGAUUGUGCUGGAGGAUGGGAACCUCCAUGUAACUGAGGGGUCUGGAAGAUACAUCCCCAGGAAACCGUUCCCCGAUUUUGUGUACAAGCGCAUCAAGGCCAGGAGCAGGCUGGCUGAGCUGAGAGGUGUCCCACGUGGACUGUAUGAUGGUCCUGUCUGCGAAGUAUCAGUGACACCAAAGACUGUCACACCAGCAUCCUCUGCUAAGACAUCUCCAGCCAAACAGCAGGCCCCACCUGUCAGAAACCUGCACCAGUCUGGAUUUAGCUUGUCUGGCGCACAGAUCGAUGAUAACAUCCCCCGCCGCACUACGCAGCGCAUCGUGGCCCCACCCGGCGGACGUGCCAACAUCACCAGCUUGGGCUAAGAAACGAACCCUUCUGUGGCCGCCUAGCGGACCCGGGGAAGGGGGCGCGGGGCACUGGAGACCCUUGUGAUUCAUUUAGAGCCUGUGACAGUUACUGCGGGCAACCAAUGGGUGGGGUCAAGUAAGGCACCACUUUCUGUUCCCUCUCAACCCCCCGCCCUCCUCAUCCUCACUGCACCCACUCACGUCCCCUCCUGCCCCUGAACAUCUAAAGAGACAACCCCAGCCCUGUUUUUGACACCUCUGACAUGCAGAAAUAAAUGGAAAGAGGAUGUUUGCCACACGUGGCCUCUGUUCCCAUUCAACAUCUUUCUUUUGGCAAAGGAAGGAGAAAGUGAAUUUCCCAGGAGCUGCCUUUAUUUAAAAAAAAAAAAAAAAAAAAAAAAAAAAAAAAAAAAAAAAAUGCUUUUAUUGAAUGUUGAGCAGGCUAGAAAAUUCAUGGGGUGAAACUGGAUAAGUCUUGUGGUCCUGACCUGCAGCACAGCAGCAGAGGGACACGGGUCUAAACCAUAGGUCUGCCUUCUCCCAUCACUACCCUUGUGAGCUCACAGACCAGCUGUGUCUCUGCCACUUGAAUUGGCUCCUAGAGAUUGACAACAGGCAUCAUUACCAUGUUGGUGGGUUGAGCUAUUUUUAUUGUUUCUUUUCCUUCCGGAUUUUGCUGCAAAUCAGGUCCUUGAGGAUCCUUCCUUUUUAUUUUUUUAAAAAAUUCUGUUCGUGUUUUUAUUUUUUUAAAUGUUUUUGUACCAUUGUGUUUACAAAGCCUUAUCUCAGCAUUGAGAAUUCCUGCCCUGUCCCUGCCCCCUUGCCCCCUCCUUUGAGCUGCAGGGUCUCAACAGCACCACUGCCAUUGCGAUAGUUUGCUGUAGGAGUUCAGAGCACUUCACCAUUUCAGCCAGCACUUGGUGCUUAGGUUAGUUUUACGUGUUUAUGAAUCCCUGACAAGAUGCUCAUGAGCUAUGAUCUCCGUCAAGGUGUACCAGAUCUUCAGUUGGGCUAAGUCAGCUGAUGGACGCCCUCAGAGGAUCUGGAAAGGAGUCUCUAGAAAACCUCUACACAAUUAACUUGUCAUUUCUGGAGGAGAAAGUCGGUAACUUGGGGCUUUAGUCAGGUACUGCCACGCUGCCAAACGAACCCAAUUUAAUUGAGUAGCUACCCAUCACCCUGAUAAUCAGGAAAACAGGAUGUGGAAGAGCAGUCAUUUUGAAGAGUCCUGUCUUUUGCUGUCAUCUGAAAGCCCGUCAUUAAAACACAGAAGAAAUUCUUUAUCAAUGGCAGCUGCAAUCAUAGAGUCAGCUGUGCUGGGAAUCGCUUGUGAUUUCAGUGUAGAUCUGUUGCCAGUCAUUUACAAAUUGGUUAAACAUGUAACAUCCCUUCAGGACUUUACUCUCAUGCAAGUACUAGCAAAGGCCUACGUAUUGCCCACCAUAGUCACUGGAGUUUUGUCCUUCUCCGGGCCACAUCGAGCACAGAAGCUGCUUGCUGCCUGUGAACUAAGGAAAAAGGACCCUUUGGAUCUGAUAGGCGGUAGGCAUUGCAACCCAUUCAAGGAGGUGGGCUCUGCUUAUUAAGCUCAAGGAAUCAAUUUUGUAAGAGCCAGAGGGCUCAAUCCCUGCAGAUGGAGACUGUUACAUGGGCACUAUUUAUGUCCUACAUAAAGCCUGUCUUGAAGGCUGUAGUGGUGCAGAAGCCUUGGGCUGGUUGUUUACAUAGAGGUUAUUGCUACCCACAGCUAACAAAGCAUUAUUCCCACUGCCUUUUUGUCCCCUGCCCUUGUCUGCACCAUCUGCUUCCUUGUCUCUCUGUGUUUUAGCACAUGCAUUAUCUUUGUGUUUCCAUGCAUUUUUAAUAUGUUGUUUGGAGGUUCUUGCAAGGAAAAUAGAUAUACGCAGGCUUUUCAGAAUAAAUCCCAACUCUGCUGUUACAGCACACUCAGUGCUGGGAUUUUCAGAGGAUCUUGAAACCAUUUGGGCAUCUAAAUCCCACUGGGUUGCAGCACUUAACUCCUUUAGGUUCCUUUGAAAAAGCAGCCUGAAAAACAAAAUUGGACUAUUCAUCCAUCCAAGCAUUUUCCAUUUUGGUUUAACUCUGGGGUCUUUUGGGUAAGGACGUUCAGUGUUGUGUGGAUCUGAUCCAUAAACAUGUGUAUGUGCUCGCGCACACGCACAUCUUGCAGCUGUACUUAAUUUUUAUCCCACCUGUGCUUUGAAAUACAUUUGAACAAGUUGGGGAGAGAGAACCACAAAUUCAUUUCAAUUCUGUGAAAAGUUUGCAGCUCUUCAGUAUUCACUUAAGUCUUCCUUGUUCCCUUCACUGAUCCAUGAUGACUUUUUUUUUUUCCGUUUGUUCUUUAAAAGGAAAAACAAAAAAAAAAAAUCACAAAAAAAAGAUUUUUGCAGGCUUGUAAGCAUGUUCUUUUCCUGUGGGAGCUCGUACGCUUUGUGUCUGUUUAAUGAAUGUCAUAUGUAAAUGCUUAAAGAAAAAAAAUGACGACUUAAUUAACCGCAGUGACUUGAAGCUCUAAAAAAAAAAAAAAAAAAAAAAAAGAAAAAAAGAAAAAAAGUAGGAUUUAAUACUAGCUGGAUUUAAUCCUUGGAUUUGUGGUUGUGAUUCAUGAGUGAAGGAGCUGUAAGUGCUAAAGCUGAUCAUGUGUGUUAGACAAGAAGAAGUACUGAUAUUUGACCAUUGUCUCAAUGGCAACAAUCCCCUCCCCGUCCCUUCCCGAGUCUUGUGUUUUAUUCCUUAAGAACUCUGUGUUAUAUUACCAUGGGAACUCCUAAUAAAGACAAAAUGUUGUUGUUUCA